AUGGUGAAUUUGCAACAGGUCAAGCAGAAGAUGACGAAGGAAGUGACGCUCAUAGGUGAGGUGGCUGAGACGACUGAGAUCGCUGAUGGUAUUGAGAUGACGGAGGAUGGAAAAUGA